AUGACUUCUGGAGAAAAAUCAGAAGAGUCAACCACUUUUGAAGAUUCUAAUACAAAUGUCAACUUGAAAGAUCUGGUUUCCCAGGCAGCCAAACUUCUUGACAGUAAUGGUGCUGAUUUGGGUAUCGACACCGACUCAAUGGUUGAUUCAAUGUUGUCUGAGAUAAGAGCAGCAUUCAACCAGAAUGUAGAAAAGGUGCUUAAAAAUGUGAACGUGUCAGAGUUGCUUUCAAAACAACCAGAGGAGGCAAGUUACAACAAGAUGCCAUCAGCUAAGAAAACCUGCUUCAAUGUUUCUAAUAGUGACAGCAAUGAUUCUGAUGUCUCAUUCUGUGAUGAAAACCCUGAAGAACAUGAAAUGUGUAGUAAAGACAUGUGUGAUGUUGGUCAUUGCUAUCAUGAUGAUUGUGAUUGCCCCCCUCCUGUUGCCUCUAUCGGUGGUGUGCGUCCACACAGGAGCAAUAGUGCAGGUCAGCCUCAAUUUAAAAAGAAUUGCAGCUGUGAUCAAGAGAAGAACGAUCACCAUCAUCAGAAGUGCAAAGGAACUACAUUUGAAGACUCUGAAGAUACACAUUAUCCACUUCUUUCUGACACAAAUGAUUUAAACAAUGCAUCAAAAUGGACAGAAAAAACACCUGACCAACAAGAGUCAUUCAAACACCUGGCCAAGAGUCACGUAAAGACCUGGCCAGCAAGAGGUACUCAAACACCUGGCCAACAAGAGUCACUCAAACACCUGGCCAACAAGAGUCACUCAAAGCAUAAAAGAUGCAUUCUCAGGAAAAGUAAUGGCGACAAGAAAUCUCGUGGAGUUCAUUUCAGUGAUACAGUUUACCUAAUUGAGGACAAUGAUGGAGAUGUCAUAGAGAGCGAGAUAUUUAUGCCUCAGGGGAAGUUUAAUUGUCAAAGCAGAAACCAUUAUGGAAAAUGUUCCAGUCAUGGAGGACAUGUGGAUCUGAAAAAACACCAAAAACAUGUAAAUACUAACCAGGAUAGAGUUGCAUGUAACAAAUCUGUGAGGACUGCUUGUGAUGUCCAUAAGCCUAAUUCUGCAACAUCUUCACUUGCUACCCGGACAAAAGACUAUUGGAGUGAUUCAUCUUCACCUCGGACACGGACGGAAAACUGGAAAUGCAACUCUCGCGUCGAUGAUGAACAGAAUGGUAUCUUCAAGUCCUUGACUAUUGAAUCUGUUUCAACCGACAGGACAAUGCCAUCAGACCAGUGGGCAAUGAGUGCUAAUUCCACUGGUUGUAAAGGACAUCAAUUUUCCGAAAACAGAACUGAACAGAAUCAGGGAGCAGAACACACAAAAAGACAUGGAAAUGAUUCAAAAAAAGACAGUUCACAAAGGAAUAAGUCUGUUCAUAUCUAUUUCAGUAUCUCAGUUUGUUCACAUCUAUCUAUCUAUCUAUCUAUCUAUCUAUCUAUCUAUCUAUCUAUCUAUCUAUCACAGUCUGUUCAUAUAUAUCUAUCUCAGUCUGUUCACAUCUAUCUAUCUAUCUAUCUAUCUAUCUAUCUAUCUAAAAAUGAUUGUUUCCAGCUUUCUAUCUCUCUAUCUGGACAUCAAAGCUAUUAG